AUGGCCAUAUCAACCCCAACACCGACUGGCUCGGGCCCCAAACUCGUGCCAUUUCCUCUGAGGGCUUCGACCGAAAUAAAGCCAAAUACAGUCGCGAAGACCAGCCCCCACAACAAAAUACCUCCAACAACAGACCGCGUCGACCGCACCAGUUUCUCAAGCAUCAAGGAGAGUCAUUCCGGGGGCGUAGCGCAGACUUUCACGGACUCGAAGACGAGCUCUUAUUUGAGAAAUCAAUUUACGAGCGAGAACGAGCUCCUCGACGAGGACGCCAUUUUGGACGACGCGGCGUCAUUGUCUUCUGGAACCAAGACGCCAGACGCAAAGCCAGGGAUGCUCACGAAUCCUCACAGCAUGCUGCACGGCUUCGUAUGUCCAUGUGACAGCUUCAAAGGAUGGAAGGGCAUCAGUGUCAAGGGCCGGAUUGCCAGUAAGAGCUAUGGAGAUUUGAAGGGUUUGGGUAUGCGGUAUGAUUGGGACACGAGAGGCGGCGAGAAGAUGGAUGUCGAUGGCGAGGAGAAGAAGAAGAAGAAGAUUGUUAUGGUCCAGGGACGGUAUCCAGCUGGCCAAAGUCCGGUGGAGAGGCUACCUAUGGAGUUACUUGGUGCAAUCAUCGACCAACUCUCUACGGAUAUCCCUCCCAAUGGCUUCACACCUCGCAACAUCGACCUCAUGUCCCUGCUCCUCUCCUCACGUGGCCUCCACACUGCAACCCUCGCCACACUCUACAGCCAAAUCACCAUCCCGCAUUCCCGCAUCUUCCGCAAAUUCCUCUCCCACAUCAGCGCCCACCCCUCUCUAGGAACCAUCGUCCGGCGCUUGGAUUUCUCCCACUUCAACCCAACAGGAGCCGGCCAGACCGCACGAGAGCGUGCCCAAACUCUCAACUUGAUCCCCGCCACACUCCUACAAUGUCUCUCUCUCACCCCCAACCUCCGGGAGUUCCUGGCGCAAGAACACAUCGACGAUGAUCUCUCUUCCGACGUCAUCAAGUACCUUCUCUGCUCCCUCCCGCAACUGAAGGCUGUGGAUUUCUGCGCCUGCUCAAGCACGAACUUCCGCGACGCAUUCAACUCCGUCAUCUCUUCCUCUCAACUCCCGACCCGCCUCCCGAUCACCCGUCUCUCCUUCCACGAAUGCACGAUCCUGCCUUCAACAAUCUACGAGACUCUCCUCCCGCGCCUUAAGCACCUAACCCAUCUCGACGUCGCACAUACGCGCAUCACCUCCUCUGCUCUCUCCUCCAUCCCCCACACCGCAAAACUCACACAUCUCAAUCUCUCAAAAUGCUCUCACCUCGUGGGCUCCGACGUCGUUGAUUUCCUUACCAACCACCCUGCGGCAAAGACGCUGGUUUACCUUAAUCUGGCAAUGGAUGCUAAGUCCCAUGAAAUGCUUACUCCCGAGGAUCUGACGAAUUUAUUACCGGUCUUGCCGAAGACGCUGCGAAGUUUGAAUUUGAAGGGGAACAAGAUGAAUAAAGACCAUAUCCCGCUCCUCCUUCCUCUGACGAAACACGUCGAAGAACUGGGCCUCGGCCGCCAUCUAGACUUGACAUCCAUCACUAGCUUAUUCGCACCUCCACUCCCCACUCAAGAUUAUGAAGAGGAGGGGGAGGACGAGGAAUGGAUUCCUCACACUUUGAGAUACAUUGAUGUCUCGGAUCUCAGCGUCGCGGAACUCGAUCUCAGCACUUUAUUCGGCACCUCAUGCCCCGUGUUGGCAAAAACAAGUGAGCCGCUUGAGGUCGUCGAGGUUGGGGCCGACGUGUGGAAGAAAGUUGAGAAGGCGCCGGCUGUUAAGAGGGUGGGGUGGUGUGGGAAGGAGGCCGGACGCCGGGGAUGGUUGGUGCGCGUCAGAGGGCAGGAGGGCGGAGAUAGUGGGACCAGAGAGUGGAAAUGGGGUGCUAGCUACUGGGGCAUGCGGAAGGUUCCGGUUGCGAGAGCGGAGGUGGGGGGCAUGUAUGGGCAUUAUAUGUUCAAGCGAUGA